CGCCAUGCGUGGGACUCUCCUCCCUCGCCUCCUUCGCCCCUUCCUUCCAGGCAGCCCCGCCGUGGCCAUUGCGGUCCGAGCCUCGCUCGCGGGCCCGCGACGUACGUUGCCUGAGGAAUGCCGCAGCUGGACGCCGCCGGGGUCCUGCAGGCGCUGGAGGCGCGCGAGGACACGCCCGGCGCCCAGGACGGCUUCGACGCGGGAGCCUCGGUGCUGCUGGCCAGCCUCCCCCCUGCGCCACGCCGCUGUCCGUGGGGCCCGCUCUCCUGGUACGCGCCCGUCGUCCACGUGAAGAGCCUUCCGUCGGUCAAUGGCGCCGACGCGAAUUCUACACGCCUCGCGUGCCGCCGGAGAUUCCUCGACAGAGGGGACACUUUUAGCAACGACGCCUCUGGGUGCGGUUAGCUCGCGCCGCGUUGACGCGGCGGCGGCCCCAUCGCGGGCGUCCGAGGUUGGGC